GGGAGGAGCCGAGGAACCGAAAGAGAAAACAGGCCGCGCAGGCCGCGGAGGAGCCGGGCGCCUUAAUGGAGCUCCGGACGCUGCUGUGGCUGCUGUGGCUGCUGUGGCUUCUGUGCCGGGGCGGCGGCGAUGCGGACUCCCACGCCCCCUUCACCCCGACCUGGCAGCGGAGCCGCGAGCAUGAGGCCGCCGCCUUCCGGGAAAGCCUUAAUAGACAUAGAUACUUGAAUUCUUUAUCUCCCGGUGAAAACUCCACCGCCUUCUAUGGAAUAAAUCAGUUUUCCUAUUUGUUUCCUGAAGAGUUUAAAGCCAUUUAUUUAAGAAGCAAACCUUCCAAGUUUCCCAGAUACUCAGCAGAAGUACAUAGGUCCAUCCCCAAUGUGUCUUGGCCAUUAAGAUUUGACUGGCGGGACAAGCAUGUUGUGACACAAGUGAGAAACCAGCAGACGUGUGGAGGAUGCUGGGCCUUCAGCGUGGUGGGGGCAGUGGAAUCUGCAUAUGCAAUAAAAGGGAAGCCCCUGGAAGACCUAAGUGUCCAGCAGGUCAUUGACUGUUCGUAUACUAAUUAUGGCUGCAAUGGAGGCUCUACUCUCAAUGCUUUGAACUGGUUAAACAAGAUGCAAGUAAAACUGGUGAAAGAUUCAGAAUAUCCUUUUAAAGCACAAAAUGGUCUGUGCCAUUACUUUUCUGGUUCACAUUCUGGAUUUUCAAUCAAAGGUUAUUCUGCAUAUGACUUCAGUAACCAAGAAGAUGAAAUGGCAAAAGCACUUCUUACCUUUGGCCCUUUGGUAGUCAUAGUAGAUGCAGUGAGCUGGCAAGAUUAUCUGGGAGGCAUUAUACAGCAUCACUGCUCUAGUGGAGAAGCAAAUCAUGCAGUUCUCAUAACUGGGUUUGAUAAAACAGGAAGCACUCCAUAUUGGAUUGUGCGGAAUUCUUGGGGAAGUUCAUGGGGAGUAGAUGGUUACGCCCAUGUCAAAAUGGGAAGUAAUGUUUGUGGUAUUGCAGAUUCUGUUUCUUCUAUAUUUGUGUGACAUGUUGGAGAGAUGAAGAGACAGCUACAAAAUGAAGGUUUUCAUAAUGCAGUGUAACAUAGUACUUCAAAGUGUUAUUCAACUUCAAGUUUCAGCAACUACCUACAAAAGAUUCUAAGACCCAGUAGUAUUUAAAGUAAGUUUCAGAAUGUUACCUUCUUGUAGAGAGAUGGACAACCAAAGUCAGUGGGACACACUCCAGCGCAGAAGGCUGCAAGGAAGCCUAUGGAAGAGUUUCCUGCCCUGACAGGAAAUUCAGAUUAGGAAAUAUUUUAGGUCACUGCAACUGGAGGAGGCUGCUGUUUACUUUUGUUUGCUUGUUAUUUAUUUGAUUGUUUAUUAUGAGAUAUUUCAGGUGGGAUCAAAGAGGUCAUAAGAAUUUAUUUUCUUUUGUGGGGUAUAAUUACUAGCUUUAGGUUACCCCUAUACACAAGAACGGCCAACCUAAAAUUUUGUGUUCCUUGUACAGUUCAUCAUAUUAGCAGCCCUCUGAGAUGGUAUAUUGGAAGGAUUUGCAACACCAAUUGCUUUACCUAAACAAAUGGUGCUUACUCUUUGAACAGCAGAGUGACCACGUAGAAGGAAGGAAAAGGGUAAAAUCCCUUCAGUUAAACUGAAAUUAAAUGAACAAUAAGGCAACUACAUAAGUAACUUCUAGUAGCAUUGUCUAAGAGACAACUUACUGUUUGAUAAUUUUCAUUGUGAAUAGGAAUCCAAUAGAUCAUAUUUCUUACUUUGUUCUUUUUAUACUGGAGAAUAAUAUUUUGUUCUCUAGUAUAUCAAAAUAUCAAAAUAUUAUCUCAUAUUUUCUCCCUCUCUUUCUCUUACUCUUUCUCAAGUUUUCCUGGUGGCUUUGCUUCCCUGACUAAAGAAUUAAGUCUCAUUUUUACUUUCCAUUUCUAUUUUCUGGCCACUUAGUUGACUCCCUUUGUCUCUAUACUUUUACCAACAUUAGGAUCUCACCUCUUCCUUCCUCCCCUAAUUCAUAGGCACCACUCCUAUCAAAGUCCCAUCUCUUACCCCUGGGUAUCAGUCAAUCUGUGAGUUUUCCAGACUCUGUUUCCCAGUUUUCCCCUUAGCUUUCCCGGUCUCCCAUCUGAACUGCUUCUUUGUGCACCUGUUUUCCUUUCCCUUGGCUCCCUGUCUUGAUUCCUGUGAUCACUCUUGCAUCACUAAUUACACAAGUGAUUUCAGGUGCAAUUCUGAUUAGCCUGCAUCUGUGCAGUGAUCAAUAAUCCAGUGUGCCUAGAAGGGACACUGUGUGCUGUUCAUGACCUGCAACCAGGAAACAAGCCAUUUCUUGUUAGCAGUGUGAGAACCUUAUAGCAAAAGAGUUGACCUUCUGGUUGAAUAUAAGUACAACCAUAUUAAAUGAGUCAAUACAAGAAAAUUAUUUCUGAUACUAUGUACGUACAUAUUUCUUCUCUAAACUUUGUCAUUCUUUUCUAAUGUAUAUGAUCUAACAAAAAUGAAACAUGAAAUGCAGCAGCAACCACUAAAAAAAUUCAAGGACGUCUAAUUUUUUCUGUCACUUUUGCCCUUUGUUUAUCCUUCCCUGUGAUUAGAUAAACAAAAUAAAAAAACAAAAUGCUGUAUUUCUCUUCUUACACCAAUCAGAACCAAUCCCAAAAGAAUGUUUGUUGACUCAGGUUUAGAGGUGUUCCAGAAAGACAGAUAUUGACAUUUUAAUUGAUAAAUAUUUUUAUUAUUCAGGCAUGCCAGAAAAGAACUAUGUCCUGCUUGACUAGUUUGUAUUUGCUACUGACUUUCUAUGUGAUAUAAAUGCAUUUCUAAUACUCUUUCUCAAGUUCUAAAGGAUUUUUAAAUUUCAAAAUGAUUAAUAUGUUUCUGCUGUUGUGGAUUUUGAUGAUAUUUACAAUAAAACAACCUACAUUUGACUUUGGUUUAAAAAGAA